AUGCCGUCAAUCCGCAGAACUCCACGUGCUGAUCGGGCAUCCAGGCGGUUGAGCUUCAUGCCAGUGGCCCCCCCUGCAAUCAAGCGGCCCACCUAUCUCUCUAUUUUGAUGUAUGUCUGCUUUGCCACUUGGGGUGGCACUGUGCCACUCAAAGUAGAGGACAUAUAUGAUCAAGUUGCAAGGGCUGCUGAAGAGGCGGGGGUCGAAAUGGGUGUCCGAGCGGCACUCAUGCUGCGCAAGGCAGUAUUGCUGCUAGAGAAUGGGCGCUAUAUUGAAAUAGAUGAGCAAAGUGCUGAUGGCCGUAUUAUCAUCCCCACUAAGGACAUGGUAACAAUAAUGACCCAGACAAGGGAGCAGAUUAGCCAGCAUGAGUUUUCAUCUUACCAGGUGGAAUUCCUGACAAUCUGCUCCCUGUUCACCCAGCGGCUUCGCAAGAAGUCCCCAACAAUGCUGCAGGUAAUAGAAGCACUUGAGAAGCGCAUCAAGGAGUUGCAGCAGCAGCUUCGGGAUGCAGUGUCCCAUGCAGAGGAAGAGCCUAUUGGCCAGGAUGGUCAUCCUGAUCUUGAAUUUAUUGACCCUGCUCCUAUCGACCCCUGCCCCCCUGCUACCCCUGUCCGACGAACCGCCUCCAUGAUCCAGUACCCCACUCCCGAAUCACUUCCUCGCAUUCGCCGUAGCGCCAGCACCCAUAAUGCUGGUUCCUCCUCUUCCCACCCCCUGAGCCGUGACAACAACUCUGCUAUGAAUAUUGAGGAAGAGGCCCAGGUCCAUGCGGACCUGGUCCUGCAAUUGCAAAGUGAACUUACCGACUCCCAGGAUCGCAAUCGUGCGGCUCUGGCACGGAUUGAAGAACUCAACCAAGAAAUUCAGCAACUCAACAACAACAAGGCAGCAAUGGAGCUCGACACUGAUGAACGGCAACAACAGUUUGCACUGUGGCGCAUCCACAUCAAUCAGGAGUUAUGUGACUCGCAGGAGACCUCAGAGAACCUCCGGGUCCAGAACGAGCUCCUUCAUCACCAGGUUGAAGAACUGUCUUCUGAUGUGGCGACAUCAAAGACCCAGAUAAACAAACUUCAAGAAGAGGUCUCAGAGUUCAAAACCUUCUGGCAGAGUUAUUCUAGAAUCGAAGCAGAGGCACGAGAGCGGCUGUUUAAUCUUCGCUUGCCCACAUUCCUUCAAUAA